AUGACAUCCGAAAUUACCCCAAACACUUUCCUCACUACCACAGGUUCUCCAUCAGACCAAAAGACAACAAUCUUCUUCAUCUCCGGCAACCCAGGCCUGAUUGGCUACUAUCACCCAUUCCUCUCUCUACUCUCAAAGUACCUAGAUGAGGCAAGAGAGGGACACUCAAAAUGCCUACCACCAAGUAAAAUCUACGGCUGUUCUCUCGGCGGCUUUGAAAUCGACGAACAGCGACUCUCAACGUCACCGGACACUUCCAUUGUCCUCGACCUGGAAGAUCAGAUCCGCUUUGUUCAGGGAAAGCUCGCUGCCCUAAUGGGAGACGAAGGCAAUGGUAAUGGCAAAGAUACCGUGGAUGCCGAAACUAGACAAAAGGUUAUCCUAAUCGGACACUCCGUUGGCGCAUACAUCGCCAUGGAAAUCCUGAGACGACACCGCGAAGCGAACCCCAAAAGCGCCUUCGAUAUCGUCGGCGGGGCGAUGCUCUUCCCGACUGUCAAGGAUAUUGCAGCGUCACCUUCAGGACAGAAACUGACGACUCUACUUUCGAUGAUUCCCCGUCUUGCUGUGGUUGUUAGUUUCUUCGCGAGAAUACUUACAUUCCUGCUCCCGGAAUCCCUUCUUCGAUCUGUGGUCCGGCUGGUCAUGGAUGAUCCCCCCGUUCAUGCUUUGGAUGCUACGUGUGCUUUUUUGAAGAGUCGGGGUGGGGUACGGCAAGCUUUACAUAUGGCUGCCGAUGAAAUGCGGACUAUCACUUCAGACAAAUGGAGUGAUGAUGUCUGGGGUGCUGCGUCGGCGCGUGAGCCUAUCGCCAAGCUGUUUUUCUACUUUGGUCGUAAUGAUCAUUGGGUGGCUGAUCAGACAAGGGAUGAUAUCGUCGAGGUGCGCGGACGAAAGGGAGGGCAGGCUGGGCCAAGUAUGGUUGUUUGUGAAGAGGGCUUGCCGCAUGCGUUUUGUUUGAAACACAGUGAUGUGAUGGCACAAAAAGUUGCGGGGAUGAUCGGGCAGAUUGUGGCCUGA